AUGGCCUCCGCGUGCGGGGCGCCGGGCCCGGGAGCGGGCCCGGGGGCCGCGCUGGGCAGCCCGGCCCCCGCCUGGUACCACCGCGACCUGAGCCGGGCCGCCGCCGAGGAGCUGCUGGCCCGGGCAGGCCGCGAUGGCAGCUUCCUGGUCCGAGACAGCGAGAGCGUGGCAGGAGCCUUCGCGCUCUGCGUCCUGUAUCAGAAGCACGUGCACACGUAUCGGAUUCUACCUGAUGGAGAAGACUUCCUGGCUGUGCAGACCUCGCAGGGCGUGCCUGUGCGCCGCUUCCAGACCCUGGGGGAGCUCAUCGGCCUGUACGCCCAACCCAACCAGGGCCUGGUGUGCGCCCUGCUGCUGCCUGUGGAGCGGGAGCGGGAGCUGGACCCUCCGGAUGAGCGGGACGCCUCAGAUGGGGAGGAUGAGAAGCCCCCACUGCCCCCUCGCUCUGCUACCAGCGUUUCUGCCCCCCUGGGGCCCAGCAGCCCCCCAGCAGCCCCUGAGACCCCGACUCCAGCUGUUGAGAGUGCUCCCAACGGGCUGAGCACCGUCUCGCACGAGUACCUGAAGGGCAGCUACGGGCUGGACCUGGAGGCGGUGCGCGGCGGGGCCAGCAACCUGCCGCAUCUCACCCGCACGCUGGCCGCCUCGUGCCGGCGGCUGCACAGUGAGGUGGACAAGGUCCUGUCGGGCCUGGAGAUCCUGUCCAAGGUGUUUGACCAGCAGAGCUCGCCCAUGGUGACCCGCCUCUUGCAGCAGCAGAACCCACCCCAGACGGGGGAGCAGGAACUAGAGAGCCUGGUGCUGAAGCUGUCAGUGCUGAAGGACUUCCUGUCAGGCAUCCAGAAGAAGGCCCUGAAGGCUCUCCAGGACAUGAGUUCCACAGCCCCCCCGGCCCCGGUGCAGCCGUCCACACGUAAGGCCAAGACCAUCCCCGUGCAGGCCUUCGAGGUGAAGCUGGAUGUGACCCUGGGCGACCUGACCAAGAUCGGGAAGUCGCAGAAGUUCACGCUGAGCGUGGACGUGGAGGGCGGCCGGCUGGUGCUGCUGCGGCGACAGCGGGACUCGCAGGAGGACUGGACAACCUUCACGCACGACCGCAUCCGCCAGCUCAUUAAGUCCCAGCGGGUCCAGAACAAGCUGGGGGUCGUGUUUGAGAAGGAGAAGGAGCGGACGCAGCGCAAGGACUUCAUCUUCGUCAGCGCCCGGAAGCGGGAGGCCUUCUGCCAGCUGCUGCAGCUCAUGAAGAACAAGCACUCCAAGCAGGACGAGCCCGACAUGAUCUCCGUCUUCAUAGGCACCUGGAACAUGGGAAGUGUGCCGCCUCCGAGAAACGUGACGUCUUGGUUCACCUCGAAGGGUCUGGGGAAGACCCUGGAUGAGGUCACAGUGACCAUACCCCAUGACAUCUAUGUUUUUGGGACCCAGGAGAACUCGGUGGGCGACCGCGAGUGGCUGGACCUGCUCCGUGGGGGCCUGAAGGAGCUCACAGACCUGGAUUACCGCCCGAUUGCCAUGCAGUCGCUGUGGAACAUCAAGGUGGCUGUGCUGGUCAAGCCGGAGCACGAGAACCGCAUCAGCCACGUCAGCACGUCCAGCGUGAAGACGGGCAUCGCCAACACCCUGGGAAAUAAGGGGGCCGUGGGCGUCUCCUUCAUGUUCAACGGCACCUCGUUCGGCUUUGUGAAUUGCCACCUCACCUCGGGCAACGAGAAGACCGCCCGGAGGAACCAGAACUACCUGGACAUCCUGCGGCUGCUCUCGCUGGGCGACCGGCAGCUCGGCGCCUUCGACAUCUCCCUGCGGUUCACGCACCUCUUCUGGUUCGGGGACCUCAACUACCGCCUGGACAUGGACAUCCAGGAGAUCCUCAACUACAUCAGCCGGAAGGAGUUCGAGCCCCUGCUCCGGGUGGACCAGCUCAACUUGGAGCGGGAGAAGCACAAGGUCUUCCUUCGGUUCAGUGAGGAGGAGAUCUCCUUCCCGCCCACCUACCGCUACGAGCGAGGUUCCCGGGACACGUACGCCUGGCACAAGCAGAAGCCAACUGGGGUCCGCACCAACGUGCCUUCGUGGUGUGACCGGAUUCUCUGGAAGUCCCACCCCGAGACCCACAUCAUCUGCAACUCCUACGGCUGCACGGAUGACAUCGUCACCAGCGACCACUCCCCCGUGUUUGGGACAUUUGAGGUUGGAGUUACCUCUCAGUUCAUCUCCAAGAAAGGGCUCUCAAAGACGGCAGACCAGGCCUACAUCGAGUUUGAGAGCAUCGAGGCCAUCGUGAAGACGGCCAGCCGCACUAAGUUCUUCAUUGAGUUCUACUCCACCUGCCUGGAGGAGUACAAGAAGAGCUUCGAAAAUGACGCCCAGAGCAGCGACAACGUCAACUUCCUUAAGGUGCAGUGGUCCUCACGCCAGCUGCCCACGCUCAAGCCCAUUCUGGACAUUGAGUACCUGCAGGACCAGCACCUCCUGCUCACAGUCAAGUCCAUGGACGGCUACGAAUCCUACGGAGAGUGCGUGGUGGCGCUCAAGUCCAUGAUUGGCAGCACGGCCCAGCAGUUCCUGACCUUCCUGUCCCACCGCGGCGAGGAGACGGGCAACAUCCGAGGCUCCAUGAAGGUGCGGGUGCCCACCGAGCGCCUGGGCACCCGUGAGCGACUCUACGAGUGGAUCAGCAUCGAUAAGGAUGAGGCAGGAGCAAAGAGCAAAGCCCCGUCUGUGUCCCGAGGCAGCCAGGAGCCCAGGUCAGGGAGCCGAAAGCCAGCCCCCGCAGAGGCCUCCUGCCCACUGUCGAAGUUAUUUGAGGAACCAGAGAAACCGCCACCAACUGGGAGGCCCCCGGCCCCACCUCGAGCUGCUCCCCGGGAGGAGCCCCUGACCCCCAGGUUGAAGCCAGAGGGGGCUCCAGAGCCGGAAGGGGUGGCGGCCCCCCCACCCAAGAACAGCUUCAAUAACCCUGCCUACUACGUCCUUGAAGGGGUCCCACACCAGCUGCUGCCCCCAGAGCCACCCUCGCCUGCCAGGGCCCCCGUCCCACCGGCCACCAAGAACAAAGUGGCCAUCACAGUGCCUGCUCCACAGCUUGGGCGCCACCGGCCCCCCCGUGUGGGAGAGGGGAGCUCAUCGGAUGAGGAGUCUGGGGGCACACUGCCCCCUCCCGACUUCCCACCCCCGCCACUGCCGGAUUCAGCUAUCUUCCUGCCCCCGAGCCGAGAGCCUCUGCCAGGGCCAGGGGUCCGGGGCCGCAGUGGGGGUGAGGCCCGUGCCCUGCCACCUCCCAAGGCCCAUCCAAGGCCCCCGCUGCCCCCUGGCCCCUUGCCCCCGGGCACGUUCCUGGGGGAGGCAGCCGGCGGGGAUGACCGCUCCUGCUCGGUGCUGCAGGUGGCCAAGAAACUGAGUGAGGUGGACAGCGCCCCCCCGGGGCCCGGCCGCUGCCUGCUCCUGCCAGGGCCCCUGGAGCUGCAGCCGGCCCGGGCACUGCCCUCGGACUACGGCCGGCCUCUCAGCUUCCCUCCCCCGCGCAUCCGAGAGAGCGUCCAGGAGGACCUGGCAGAGGAGGCUCCGUGCCCGCAGGCCGGGCGGACCGGUGGGCUGGGCGAGGCGGGCAUGGGCGCCUGGCUGCGGGCCAUCGGCCUGGAGCGCUACGAGGAGGGCCUGGUGCACAACGGCUGGGACGACCUGGAGUUUCUCAGCGACAUCACCGAGGAGGAUCUGGAGGAAGCUGGGGUGCAGGACCCGGCUCACAAGCGCCUCCUCCUGGACACGCUGCAGCUCAGCAAGUGA